GAACGCACGAGGUCCCUCACGGUCAAUCUGUCAACACUGCUCUGAAAGGUUUGUAACCCUAAGUAGUGCCCACACUGCCCACACUGACUUUCCGCCACCUAUCUCCGCCGCAACCCCCACCGCCGCCGUCACGGAGGACCACUUCGGUCGUGACACCGAGAACUUUUGAUUCUGAGGAUUUUUAUCUCUCGUGAAUUCGUAUUUAAUCCACUUAUUUUUUUUAGCCUGUGUACUUGUUUGUAUUCGUAAGUAUGGGGAUGGGCGAGAAUGAUGGUGGGGGUGAUCAGUUCAAUAAUCACGACUUUGUUGUCUGUGGGCCCCCCAAGUCGCCCUGGAAGACUCCGGCCGCUGCUUCUCCGGUGGUUGACGCUGAUUCAGAGUCUUGGCCCGCGCUCUCUGAUGCGCAGCUACGAGCGAAGAAUAAUGGGGGUAUGGAUUCCAUCUCCUCCAAGUCUCCGCCGCUAGUUGCAACAGAGGUUGAUGGUUGUGGUGGUGCCCUUCCUGCGGCGCAGCCGGCUACAGUAGAGCAGCAGAAGUUCCAUGGACGUGGUAAUAUUAAAUCUUCUCGUAAACCCUAUCCAGCACAUCAUCGCACUGGCCCCAAGCAUGGUCCAAAUGCUGUACCUCCAUUUCCUGUACGCUCACCCUAUUAUGCACCACCAGUUCCACCAUUUUUUCAUUCUAUGGUUCACAUGCCCCCCAUUUCUGCCCCUGGUUAUGCUUACCCAUACCCCCCUAGACCUUUUCCUAGAGUUGAUACUCAAUUUGUCAAGUCUGGUAGUGAUGCUUCUUUGCCAACUUUUGUACCUCCAGCCAAUGGGGUCUUUCAUUCUUCCCCAUCCCCUGAUUCUAGUGCUCAUGAUUCCAAUUCUGUUGGAAGAAGGCCUGAUGCGAAGGAACAAGUUGGCCAACGGAAUCCUUCCUGGAAUAAUCAACGACCACUUGCUAUUAACAACAAUUUCCAUAUCCAACAAACUAUGGGUCCAAGAUCUUUCAUAAGACCUCCAUAUUAUGGUCCCACAGGCUUCAUUGAUGGACCAAACGUCUCAGGUCCUCCAGGAACUUUCUACUAUUUCCCCGGUGCUGUCAGAAUACCCUACUCACCCGUUUUAGUUCCAUAUACUUUAGGCCCUGGAGUUCUGAUACCACACUCAACAAUAGCCUUGAGGGCUAACAUUGUCAAGCAAAUUGAAUAUUAUUUCAGUGACGAGAAUCUACAGAAUGAUCCAUACUUGAUUUCCUUGAUGGACAAACAAGGUUGGGUUCCGAUAUCAUUCAUCGCUGACUUUAAAAGGGUUAAAAGAAUGAAUGCAGAUAUUCCAUUUAUUCUGGAGGCAUUGCAGGCAUCAGAGACUAUUGAAGUACAGGGUGAGAAUAUAAGGAGACGCAAUGAGUGGUCAAAGUGGAUUGCAGCUUCUGUCAAUAGUAAAUCUUCUGCUCUGAUAUCAGAUGCAGUGAAGAAUGAUAAUCUCAAUGAUAAUAAUAAGGACCCGGAAGGAACAAAGGAGUUUUCUUCGCCAAAUGGAUGCUCUGCGGAUCACCUGCCAGCGGGUGAAGAUUGUAUAAAAGAAACUUUUAGUGAAGAUAUUGAGGAAAACAAGGAUAAGGUUCUUUCUGGUGGUGAAACUGAAAAAUGUGCUUCUGCAAAUAGUAAUUCAAGCACUGGAUUUGAUUUUCAGCCGAAUAAUAGGAAUAAUAGCAAUGAACUUAAGAAUGGCUUAGACUCCCCAGCUAUCUCACAAGAAGCUGAUUCUGAGAAGUCGAGUAAUCAUAAAAACUGUGUGAACAUAAAAAUGCAGCUUCUUUCAAACCCAAAUGUGCAGAGUCCAGAUGACUCAUCUAAUGAUUUCUCAAGCACAUUCCUACUUGAUGAAGAGCUGGAGCUGGAGCAGAGGACAGUAGGGAAUGGUCAUUCUUCAAUUGGGGAAAGGGUUGACGAUGAAGAUGUUGAGAUCGUGGUUAAUGAUCAAGCAGUUGAGAGACUUGUAAUUGUCACUCAGAGUAGUCGAACAAGUGAAGGAGUUAGUGAAGAAUCAAAAACCCUAUCCAGUGAGCUUGCUUCUGCUAUAAGUGAAGGACUCUACUUUUAUGAGCAGGAAUUAAACUCAGAAAGAUCUCAUCGCAUACAUAAUAAGCCAAUAUAUGAAAGCGAGGAAGAGAACUCCAGAUAUUCUGCUAAUGAUGCUUCUGCAUUGUGUUCGAGGGAUGUUGAUUACUCUAGUGGAGGAAACAGCUGUGAAGGGCCUGGAAAUUCUAAUGUCAGAAGGAAGCAAAAGAAAGGCAGCUCCAAGCCACAAUCCAUUCAUAAGCAGCGACUAUUCCAUGGAAACUUUAGAAUUCAUGGAAGUGGACGAAACUCUCUUGGCGUAAUAUCUGAAAGUCCACCUAGUGAUGCUGUUGGCUUUUUCUUUGGUUCCCCACCUCCAGAUAGCCAUGGGCUGAGACCUUCAAAGUUGAGUACUUCUCCUCAUAGCAAUCUCUCAGGAAGUAGUUCACCAGUUGGAUCAAUGCCAAAACCUUUUCCACCAUUUCAGCAUCCAAGCCAUAAACUACUAGAAGAAAAUGGUUUCAAACAGCAGAUGUACAAGAAGUAUCACAAGCGUUGCCUUAGCGAACGAAAGAAACUGGGCGUUGGUUGCAGUGAGGAGAUGAAUACGCUGUACAGGUUUUGGUCAUAUUUCUUGAGAAGUAUGUUCAUUCCGUCCAUGUACAAUGAAUUCAAGAAGUAUGCUCUGGAAGACGCUGCUGCUAGCUAUAAUUAUGGGAUAGAGUGCCUAUUCAGGUUUUUUAGUUAUGGCUUGGAGAAGGAGUUCAGGGGGGAGCUUUAUGAGGACUUUGAACAGCUGACAUUUGACUUCUAUAAGAAAGGGAACCUUUAUGGCUUGGAAAAGUACUGGGCAUUUCACCAUUUUCGGGAGGCUCGGGACCAUAAAGAACCACUAAGGAAACAUCCAGAAUUGGAUAGACUGCUCAGGGGAGAAUAUCGGACUUUGGAUGACUUCAAUAGAGUCAAAGCUAGGGAUGCUGCUGUGCAUUAAACCAGCCAAGCGGAUGAUGUGGCUUCACUGCAGUUGCAAUCAACUGACAAUCUCAAAUUUUGGCAAGAGAAUUCUAACUAUACCAUAGAGCAAGGUGAAAUUGGUGCCCCAACUUUUGGCGUGGGAACUGAGGAUGAAUUUUGUAUAUAGGAUAGCUAGCCCGCUAGACUUUGUUGAUGCCAGAGCGGUUUUUACUGCCUCUCUAGUGUCUCAUUUUUGAGGUCCUUGAAUGGUCUGGCGGGGCAUUUGCUUCUGCAGAUCGAUAUUUUUACUUGUAUAGAAUUAAACAAUUGGGAAAACCAUUAAAAAAAUAAGUAUAACAUUGAUUUUCUAAGCAUUCAGCGACUA